AUGAACUCCACCGUACCUGUGGACAGCCUGAAUGAAGCCCUGACUAAGAACCUGAUCUCCUUCACUCUGAGCUUCAUCAUUAACUGCAUCAACGGUGCUUUUGUUUACAUCUUCUGUAAGAGCGAAGUGUUCCAGCGAGACCCCAGGUAUGUGCUGUACAUCCACCUGGUGAUCAAUGACAUGAUUAUGCUGACAGCUUCUGUGACGCUGCAGAUCCUGACCUACACUGUCCGCCUGAGCUUUGCUCCCUGCUGCAUCAUGCUGCUCAUCCUAGUCACCACCAAUAAGAACAGCCCUCUGAACCUGGCUGGCAUGGCCGUGGAGCGCUACAUCGCUGUCUGCCGACCUCUCCAUCACACUCAGAUCUGCACUGUGCAGUGGGCCUACACUCUGAUCGCACUGAUGUGGGGCGUCUCCUUCAUCCCUGCCAUCUCAAAUGUCAUCAUCCUCCUCAUCACACGGCCCCUUAUUGUGUUCUCAAAGAACAUCCUCUGUUUCCCCUCCUUAACGUACAACACAUCACACCACAAGACACAGAAUGUGGUUGUCGAGGUCCUCCUGUGUUCCUUCGUCUUCCUGACUCUGAUCGUCACCUACCUGAACGUCCUCUGUGCUGCUCAGGCUGCUUCUGCUUCCAUCCAGGCCUCAGCUAGAAACGCUCGCAACACCAUCCUGCUGCACGGAGUCCAGCUGCUCAUCUGCAUGCUGUCCUACACGUCCCCCUUCAUCAACCUCACUCUAGUCACUGCUUGGCCACGCGAGCGCACCAAGAUCUUCUUCGCCACCUUCCUGUUGACUAACGUGCUUCCACGUCUGCUCAGUCCGCUCAUCUACGGCGUCAGAGACAAGAAGUUCAGCAGCCAAAUCAGGAUGCACUUCUGCAGCAAAUGCAGAAAGUCAGUGGUAAAGAGAACCCACCUGAAAGGUGAAUCCUAG